AUGAGUCUCAAAGUGUUGUCUCGAAACAUUCAACAAGUGCGCGGAAUGAUCAGACCGCCCAAAAACCUUCCGUUUCGUGGAAUUUUCAGAAAAGAUGGGGAGGUGGUGAGGAAGGACGAGCUGUUGGUGAAUCAGUUCAGAAUGAAUUAUCAUCCAGGGUUGAAUGUCUACUACGAGAACGACCGUGGCGAACGUCUCCUCCGUGCCCAUUGUGACGGCGUCGUUCGAAUUACCCGCGAGAAAUGUGAUCCAGACUACGAAAUUGAGGAAAUGAAGGCGUAUGAGUACAGGAAGGACGUCGAUUUGUACAAAAUGACAUUCAACGUCGUUCCGUUGGAAUUAUCACAGAAACAUACGCUGAAACAUGAGAUUUGA